AUGGUGGAGACGUAUGGGAAGAAAGGGGAUUGGAGCCUUCUGCCUCUGUGUGAUACAAGGUGGAACUCAAUGCAAGGCUGCUUUGCGUCAUUAUUACGUGUUCGAACGGCCCUUCGCCAAUUUAUGGCCGACAACUGGGACGAUGACGAAUUCCCCGACGCCUUGGUUGUGUUAGAUGAUCCAGAGUUCUGGUCAUGUUUGGAGGAAGCCGAGCAAUUGGUGAGACCUCUUUGUUUGGCAUCAUUCAUGCUUCAGCACGACAACAACACUCUCAGCGACGUCACAUUUUGCUUUCAACAGCUCUUCGACGCCUUCUCAACUUCAUCGUAUAGCGAAACUCUAACGGGGUUGCUGGAGAAACGCUGGGCCGACUGUGAACAACCAUUGUUCAUGCUUGCUUUCGCUUUGGAUGUGAAAAGGCUGGAGGUGUUGAAUCAGCUACCCGCGAGGGUAGUGGACGAACUUACAAACUUUGCACUGCUCUACUACCGUAAGUUGUUUGACAAGGAUGCUCCGUCGAUCAAGGGGGAGAUGUCCGAGUGGAUCAACGGGAAAUACAUUUCAAGUGGCAAGUGCACUAAAGACUUUGAAGGCUUAGAGACGCCGCCUCUCGCCGCAUUCUGGCAAGUUGCUAAAGGUACCAAGAUGCGUCAUGGUCGAAACUUCGCGCUGUGUGAACUUGCACUGUCGAUAUUUGCGAUGGGGGUGAAUACUGCUACGUGUGAGCGAUAUUUUUCAGAGCUAGCGCUGAUUCACACCGCUCGCCGAAACAGACUCGCUGCUGAAAAAGCUAGAAAAUUGCUGCUAUUCGACGACAAGUACGGGAACGCGAGUUUCGGGGAAGAAAGCCGAUGGAGCCGAAAAAGCGGAUCGUAA